GAUUCGCCUUUCCCAGACCAUCUUGUUUCGCAAGAGAGAAGCAGAGGGUUUAGAGAAGGGAUCCAAUGGCCAAGACCGAUGUGUGCAGGGUGAUGUUCGAGGGCGGCGCGAUCACCACCAUCGUGACGUCCUCCGGCGCGUCCGUGAAGGCCUGGGUCGACGAGGUCCUCUCCGUCCACCGCCGCCGCCUGCACGACCUCAUCGUCGGGCUCGACGUGGAGUGGAGGCCCCUCUUCGGACCCGGGUACAGCCCCACCGCGCUCCUCCAGCUCUGCGUUGGCCGCCGCUGCCUCGUGUUCCAGCUCCUCCACGCCGACUACAACCCCGCCGCGCUGAAGGAGUUCCUCGCCGACCCCGACUACAGGUUUGUCGGCGUGGGCGUGGCGGCGGACGCGGCGCGGCUCUGGAACGACGAAGACCUCAACGUGGCCAACGCGGUGGACCUGGCCGAGGUCGCGGCGGAGGAGACGGGUCGCGUCGACCUCGACAAGCCGGAAGAGGUGAGGCUCGGCCGCUGGAACGACUACUACCUCACCACCCAGCAGAUCAAGUACGCCUGCAUCGACGCCUUCGUCUCCUUCGAGGUCGGCCGGAUGCUACUUGGCGACAACUGAUCGAUCGUCCGGCGGCCGCGCGCCGCCGCGAGUCCGUGUCCAUGGAAAUUGCAGUGCUUUUUUUUUGUUCCAGAUUGUCCUAGACUUCCCUCGUGAUUUCUGUUAGGUUUUAGGGAUUUUCGGUGUCCAUGGUAAGGUUUUAGGGAUUUCCGAGAUGGAAGAAUAAUCAGGGCAGCCGCGCGCGGUGGAGACGGGGUAGUAAUUUUGGAUCAUUGUCGUGUCAUCCAUGAAUAUUCUGUCAUCCAUGCUGUGUUCGUUCAUGUUUGCUAAAUAUCCGGUGAUUAAUCAGGUAUUUGCAUCGCUA